AUGGGGGCCACCCGCCCAGCGCCGGCGCUCCGGCCAUGGCUCUGCAGCAUGCUUGUUGCCCGAGUGCUGGUCGCUGUCCUCUUCUUGGGCUCGGCGCUGGCCCAAACAGCCAACCUGCAAACUCAGUGUCCCUCCCCGUGCGUGCUUGAAGAAGGGGAUACGCUCACGGUGGUCGUGGCACUCUCAGCAGCCACCUCCUCCAGUGUCGUGCUGCAAGUCGACGUGAAAGACACUCUGUCAAGCUCCUCCCCCACCAUGGAUGAUGUGUCCCCAAGCACGCAGUAUGCCGUCUUUGAAACCGGACAAAGUUCCGUUGAACUUACCUUCACGAUUGAUGAAGACACCACGCCUGAACUCAACGAGACUUUAUACGCCAUUCUUUCUAACCCAUACGCCAACAGCGUCACGCUGGGCACCGCGGCUCUGCCCUUUACCAUCCUAGCCAAUGACAGCCCGUAUGGCACCAUUACCCUGACCCCCGUGGUGGGCACUGUGACAGAGGGUGGCACCUUUAUCAUUAAUGUGGCGCGCACCGGCGGUCUUUUCGAGGCACAAAACAUUUCGUGGACUAUUGCCAAUGGUGCUGCUGAUUUUGUCGUGUCGCAAGGCGUAUAUCGUCUUGCUGCCGGUAUCAGACAAAGUUCUUUUGCCAUUGCCACCAUCAACGACGAUCUUCCUGAGUUGCGUGAAACCUUUGCCCUCAGCAUCAUUGGCAUCGACGGCGGGGCGGCGGCAUCCACAGCCGCUGUAUCCCUCGCCAUUGCAGCUUCUGACUACCCAUGUGGCAUCAUUACGGUCGAUGGCGCCACCACCACAACGGUUGAAUCCAGCUCGUUCGCCGUCGGCCUGCGGCGAAAUGCCGAUCGCGCGCUCGGUGCAGUCGAUAUUGUGUUUUACCUCGAGCAAGCCUCCGCACUCUCUGCUGAAAACCAGGCCAUGGCCGGAGCUGAUUAUGUCAACGCCUCGGGUGUUGUUCGCCUUGAGCAAGGCGAUACCACGGGCACCAUCAGUAUCACCGUGCUGGAUGAUUCCGAGCCAGAAGCUGAAGAAUGCUUUUUCCUGCAUCUGCGCACCUCCACGACAGAUGCUCGCAUCGACAAUGUCACCACACUUUUGUGCAUCGCAGGCAAUGACAUGGGUGCAGGCACCUUUGCCUUGGCCGCAGCCAGUCAGCUUGUUGACGUGGAUGAACCGGCCACGGGCUCUGUGGCAGUCACUUUGACUGUGGUCCGCCAAGUUGCCCAAUUUGGUACUGCUCAGGUGGCCUGGACGGCUUCCUCGAGUGGAUCUGCCAGUCCAGACCGCUUUUCGCCUAACUCUGGCGUGGUGUCUUUUGCUGAUGGCCAAACCGAGGCCGCACUGGUCAUCACCAUUCUUGGCGAUGACGACCCUGAGCUCGAAGAGCAAAUUCUUGUCCAGCUUCAGUCUGUCACCGCUGCCGUUGCUGGUCAAGCCGCCCUGGUAUUCCCGACAUCGGGCGUCAUUGCUGUCGCCGCCAAUGAUGAUCCCUACGGCAUCUUUUCACUCAACGUCACUGACGUUGACGAAGAGGGAACGCCUAUUGUGGAAGGUUCGAGCCUACUCGUGGAGCUGACGCGUGCUGCCGGCACCUUCAACACAGUCUCUGUGCCAUGGACCCUGUUGCAAGGUGACAACCUAGCGCAGACCGACUUUCAGGCUGUUGAAGGGAAUGUCACUUUCACCGCCGGCGCCACCAGCGCCAGUUUCAACCUUCUUGCGUUGAACGAUGGCAUUGCAGAAUUCAAAGAAGCCUUUGUCCUUCAGCUAGGUACACCCUCCUUGGGAGAGCUGGGCAACACCGUGUCUGCCCGCCUGUACAUCCCCGUCAAUGGUAAUCCCUCGGGUCAGUUUAGCAUGACCUCGACCGAGCUCGCUUUUACCGAGCCCAGUGCUGCCGAAGUUUUGCGACAAGUCCAGUGUGGCAUUAGGCGCACUGGCUCCACCCUCGGCGCUGUCUCGGUGCGCAUCCGCACCAGUUUUGUGGCACGACCUGCCGUUGAUGGGACACCCACCCAGGCCGCGACCCAACUGGAGGACAUUGUCAUCAAUGAAGUGGAUGUUCAAUUCGCUGCUGGCGAGACCACCAAGCAGGUGCCCUUUUACAUCCUUUCAGAUGAUUUUCCGGAGCCUCGGGAAACUUUUGAAAUCUAUCUUGCUUCCAUCGUCAGCCAAACCGAGCCGGGUGCGGCGGCCGUCACUGCAAGCAACACCACGACUGUGGCCAUUGCACCCAAUGAUGUCGCAGCUGGUCGCUUUUCUCUUGCCAACGCCUCAGCUGUGGUUAAGGUUCAGGAAGGAGACGUCUUCAACCUGGAGGUCCGUCGCGAAUUGGGCAACUUUGGCACGGCCGCUGUAGCAUGGCAAGCCAUCAACGCAGAUGGCCAGCUUUCGCCCACGAAAGGCUGGCUGCAUUUUGACGGUAGCCAAGCAAGCGCCACCAUUGCUUUAAAUGUCAUUGAUGAUGCCACCCCUGAGUUGGCAACGACUUUUGCCCUCAAUCUCACCAACAUCACAGCGCAAAUUUCAGACCAGGCAGAGAUGGCCUCAGCCCCCCAAACGUCACUCACCAUUGAAGUUGCCGAGAAUGACGAUGCACGCGGCAUCUUUGCCUUGAGUGAUCUCUCACCUGUGCAAACCGUUCUUGACGAGCCAACAAAUGGUGCUUCAACAUCACUGGAAUAUACGGUUGUGCGCACGGCAGGAGCCUUGACUACCGAGGUCAUUUCAUGGACACUGAUGACCCCAUGCAACUCGAGUGUAGCUGGCUGCGACUACCUCACCAACAGUGACUUUGCCGCCCUGGGCGGAACCCUGACCUUCGACGUUGGGGUGCGCGAGCGCUCCUUUAAUGUUACAGUCCUGGACGAUGACACGCCAGAGCUUGAAGAGAUUGUCUAUGUGCGCUUGAGCCACGCCUCAAAUCCUCAGCUGAUCGGCAGCCGGACACAAGCCCAGCUGACGGUAUCUCUGAACGACGACCCCUUUGGCAUCUUUUACAUUGAUGUGGACGGCCUGACCAUGGUCGUUGCUGAGGGCCAGCGCCAACCAGCAGAGGUGGCGAUACCCAUUGCGCGCGCCGCAGGCACAUUCGACACCGUGGAAGUACUUUGGUCCCUGCGCGGCGUGUCAGCGGGCUUUAACGAUCCCUCACCGGACGUGGCCCCCACCAACGGCACCCUGACUUUUGGCCCAGGACAAACACAAGCUACGCAGGUUCUCUCUAUUUUGCCCGACGCCCUACCAGAGCUGCAAGAGACUUUCAACUUUAUUCUGAACGGCUUUAGCGAUGGUUCGCCGGCUGAGACCAGUCUUGAUGGUACACGCAGCGUUUUGCUCGUGACCAUCAAUGCGUCAGACUACCCGCAUGGCGUCUUUGAGUUCAACUCAACGGAUCAAACCCUCAAUGAGACGUCGGCUCCCAUCAUCACCCUGCCUGUGCAUCGUCGCUGGGGCACGUUGGGAGAAGUCCGCGUCGAAGUCAUGGUCACUCUCCAAGGCGCCAGCACGGCCGAUUACACGCCUAGCACGACGCUCUUUCGAUUGGAUUUUGCUGAUGGCGAGGCCCAGCGCAACCUCACCUUUCAAGUGAACCACGACAACAUCCCUGAAGUGAACGAGAGCUUGACCUUUUCCAUCCUCACCGUGCAGCUCGUGGAUCGCCAAUCAACGGAGCGCCCCAUUGUGGGUGCUAAUAAUGCUGUGACCUACACCAUUCUCGAAAAUGACGACGCCCGAGGUGUUUUCGAAGUGGCAACGCCGCUCCUCGCGGUCCCAGAAACUUCCCGCACCCUCGACUUUGCCAUCCAUCGCAGUCGGGGCCUGUUUGGGGCUGUAUCCGUGCAUUUUCGCGUUCAAGGGGGCACGGCUGAGUUGGGCAGCGAUAUACUGGGUGUCGAGGCUGGAGUCCUGAUGUUUACCGAAAACCAAGCCUCGGCCAGCUAUCAGUAUUCUUUGGUGGACGAUGCCGUGCCGGAGGAGGCCGAAACUCUGACCAUUGUUAUUGUCAACGUUUCGGCGGGCCGACUUGGCUCUGACACGCAGACGCAGCUCAUGAUCGAAAAGAAUGACGACGCCAAUGGUGUCGUUUCUUUCCACGCUUCGGCUGUGUCAGCAGCGCUGCAACGCUACGCCGAAGUCCAAAACAACAUCACACUCUUGGUGCAGCGUACCCGGGGACUCUUUGGUAACGUGAGUGUUGAAUACAACGUCACAAGCAACAGCGGCAGCAGUGCGAAGAACGACCUUUUGCCGCACAAUGGCGUGUUCUGGUUUGCUGAAGGCGUUGACGAAGCCGAAUUGCCGCUCGUUAUCAAUGAGGACUCGACGCCCGAGCUGGAGGAGUCAUUUACAAUUCAACUUGGUACUGUAUCAGGUGGUGCGCGCUUGGCCACGAGCAACACACACGCGGUUGUGACCAUCCUGGCCAAUGAUGAGCCCCUCGGCAUUGUGCAGCUUGACCCCAUAACUGAGGUCGGCAUGCAACUGGAGAACGGGUCACGGGUCCUCGCUUUUCCCGUGUACCGCUCGGGUGGUACUCUUGAGCCCAUUGUUGUCACGGGUGACUUGACAGUGGCUCGCGAAGACGAUGGCGUCUGCGUUGCAGAUGCGGCAUUUGGCGCUAGCGUUGUGACGGUCACAAUGCCGCUCAACUCGAGCAAUGCGCUUCUGGUUCUUGACCUCCCCUCAACCGCCCCUGUUCAAUCCGUCACUCAGUUCUGCCUGCAACUGCGACCCCCAACCCGGGAAGACGGUUCCGUGCUCCAGCUCAAUGGCGGUGACUCUCCACGUCUGGGUGCCAUCCGGCGAGUGGUGGCAAGUCCCAAUCCAGCCAUUCUUCCGGCAUUCUUCGCCAUCGCGCCUCCACUGCAACGCAUUGCAGAAGGCGCACGCGGGUUGUUUUCGAUUUCGCGCCACACGGGUACCUACGGCUCCGUGACCUUGCAGAUUGACUGCUCUGGCACUGACUGUGACGCCCUCAUCCCCUCAAACAAUACCUUUGUUUUCCCGGCCGGUGAGGCUACAGCACAAGAGUUUAGCGUAGCGGUGCUUGAUGACGAUAUUCCAGAGAUGACCCGCAACGUGACCCUGUCACUUCGUGUGGUGGCGGGCAAUGCUUCCGUCACGCCAAGUGAGGCCGAGGCCACCGUUUCAAUCCCGGACAGCGAUGAUCCGUAUGGCAUCAUUAGUCUGGAGCCGAGGCAACAGCAGACGCAACAAAAUGGGGGCGUGGCUUCAGCCACCGUGCUGCGAAGUGCCGGCCAAUUUGGGGCCGUCACAGUCGAGUGGAGGGUUGAGACCGAUGACGCUCAGUUUGGCGUCGACUACAACACUUCUGGUGGCACGGUGGUGUUGCUACCUAACACCACCAAUGCGUCGCUGUCCGUACAACUCUUGCCCACAAACAACAGCGAUAUCAAAUCCCUGAGUAUCGUCAUUGCGGCCGUCUCGAACCCGUUGGGAACGCCGUCAUUGCAGGCUAAUCGCAGCGAUGUCCUGCUUACCAAUUGCUUUGGCUGCACGGUUGGCUUUGGCUCCGACGUUAUUUUUGCUGUGGAAGGCAACACUUCGGCCGGUUUCGUGAUUGAACGCACUCCAAACGCCUUUGACCAUCUGGAGCUGGCCUGGUCGCUUCUAAACGCUUCUGGGCAAUUUUUGAAUACCAGCGGCAUUGUAUCCAUGCCGAUUGGUCUCGAAUCAGCCUUUGUACCACUUCUUGCUCUCGAUGACUUGACACCCGAAUUUGAACAGGCGUUUCAACUCGAGUUGCUAAUUUUGCAAGGAGAGACGCAACUGGGUACUUCAACCACGGCUACGGUGCUUAUCCCCGCCAACGACUACCCCUACGGGCGCUUCGAGCUGACUCCACUAACGGCCAACUUGAGCGAGUCGGCAGGGCUUGAUUUCGUCACCCUGACUGUGCAGCGCCCAAGUCCGAGUGGUUCUAUGGGCCAUGUUGUCGUCUCGCUCGAUGUAGAUGAUGGUGCUUUAGCCCGCUUUAGCGUGGUUGAUCGUGUCAACGGAUCUUCGUUUGCUACACUUGGGAAUUCAUCGACGAUGCAGUGCGCAAGCUAUUGCUUGGCAGCUUUGAAUGCCACGUGCGAUGCGUUUGAGUUUGACAGUGCUACGACCACCUGUUAUCUGCUGGCCGCGAAUGCGUCUUUGGAAACGCCUGCGGUGUCUGGCACCCUCUAUCUACUGACGCAGCCCGAGCCGACUGUUGCCCCCCUUCAGUUUCGUGAUUUUGUGCUGACGCAACGUCUCCUGACCUUUGCAAAUGGCCAGCGUGCACACACAGUUGGCCUACAGGCCUUGGACGACAACGUCACCGAGGGCUGGCAAAAUUUUACAGUCCGCCUUUCCUCCGUGGCCUUGCAGUCAAGUGCAACGACCACAGUGCAUGAGCUGAGCACUGCUCCCGGUCUCAGCUCCACGCAUGUGACAAUUUUUCCCAGUGAUGGAGCCGGCGGGGCGUUUGCAUGGCGCAACUCGACGGCCGAGGUCGUCGAGGGCAGCACCUUAUCCGUCAUUUUGGCACGAACUCGUCCAGCCAUUGUCGAUAUCACCCUGGAUUGGAUGCUCAUUGAUGGUGCCUCGGAUUUUGUAAAUAGUAGCGGUAGCCUAGAACUGAGAGCAACAGAUGAGUUUGCCACGGUGUCGUUGACGGCUUUGGCCGAUCAGAUGCCAGAGUUGACUGAGAAUUUCACCUUGCAAAUCGCUUCGCGCGAAAACUAUGCAACGAUUGAGACGGGCGGCGCUGAAAUGACCAUCUCCAUUCCCGCGUCUGAUGACCCUUAUGGUCGCAUCUCUGCUCGGCUCAGUGGUUCUGGAGAGGAAGGCACCGUACUUGAGUUGGCGCUGACACGCGCAGGGGGCCACCUUGGAGAGUCCAGGGUAUUCUGGUGGUUGGAAGGAGCUGACAGCCAAACAAAUGUUUCUUCCGGCGUCUUCUUCUUUGCUGCUGGUGCUCUGAACAGCUCACCCAACACGGAGGCUGCAUACAUCCUGGUGCUGGAUGACCCCGAGCCAGAGCUGGCAGUCAACUACACCAUUCACUUCAAUGUUACACAAGGGCGGCCGCGUCUACUGCAGAGGACCCUUGAUGCUUCACUCCCAGCCAACGAUGACCCCUGGGGCCGCGUGGGUCUUGCAACAACGCAAACACGUAGUUUCCGCGAGCGGGCUGCCAACUAUACCAUCCAGCUCGUCCGUCAGCAAGGCUUGGUUGGCAGUCUGGAAGUCGCUUAUUCUUUCAUGCCUGGCACAGCCUCAAACAGCGACUUCAGCACCUCCAAUGGAACAGUGGCAUUUGUGGGAUCUGAACGCGUACAAAAUAUCACGCUCACAGUCUUCGAUGAUGGUCUCGUCGAAGGCAAUGAGACGAUCAUCCUGGCCCUGGCCGUUGUUGUCGGGCAAGGCGUUGUCGACGCGCCGCACUACACCCUGACCCUGCUUCCUUCAGACAGUGUUGAAGAGCUCGGCUUUUUUACGCUAGCUGGGAGCACCGUGAUUGACCCAACAGGCCUCAACCCUUCCACCGUAGCCAUCCACCGCAGUGCCGGUAUCGUCGGCGCUGUCCAUGUCGAUGUUGCCUUUUGGUCCCUGCCCCCCUUGGAUGCGUUUACCAGUCUGCUCGCCAAUCGUACCGGAAGACCCAUGGCAGACGCUAUCAAUACCUCGUCAGUCGAGACUUGCGCGCAGGCAUGCGUGCAAGUGAGCUGCAAUCUAUUUGCUUGGGAAGCUGAUCAGCAAUGUGUGCGCCUACGUACAGACGUAUUCGGGUCCGUCACGCUGAGCCGUGGUUACGAGCUCCGCGGCAACAUGCUCCCAGCCAUGGCCGGCUUGGAUUUCAAUGCCACGACAGUGUCAAUUGUUGUACCCGAUAGCCAGCGUGAUGCAGUUGUCCCUGUACCCGUGCUCUCUCGCGAGUCGGCCCCCCUUCCGCAGCGGCGUCUCUUUGCUGCUAUCGUCAACGCGACUGUAGCAGGACUCGAGGCACCGGCCGGCCCGCACUUUGACGCAUCCAACCGCUCUGUCGUGAUUGAUGAGUCUGGCCAGUAUCGUGGCCAAUUCACCUGGUCGACACUGUCCUGGCGUGUAGCUGAAGGGGCUGACUUCAACGUGACCAUCAACCGAACCCUCUCUCUGUGCGAGGGCGUUGAUAUCACAUGGCAGCUCGAGGGCCCGACCGCUGCCUCAACUUUUGCAGAACUGACCGGCACCGUGUCAUUUGCUGAAGGCCAGGCCACAGGUUUUCUGGCGUUGCACACCAUCGAUGACGAAGAACCAGAGGAGGCCACCACGUAUACACUGACGCUGGGCAAUGGCUCGGCCACAGGCCUCGCGCAAGGGCAAGGUAGCUUCUAUGUAAACAAUUCCGAGAUUGCUCACGUCGUGGUGGAAGACAGCGAUUUUCCAUACGGCAUGCUGCGCAUUGCUGAAGCUCCGCUCGCUGUUGAGGAGGGUGCCAAUUUGACAAUAACCGUUGUGCGUGAUUAUGGCACACUGUCCAAUGGCACCUUCUCGUUUGAGAUUCAGGGCAGCAUCGCCGUGACCCCUGCCAUGGGCACGCUCGAGCUACCGGAGGGUGUGAAUUCUAUCACAUUGAGUCUAGCUGUGGUCAACAAUGACGAGGGUGCCGGCGCAGAAUCUUUUGAGAUCGUACUGCUGCCCAACACGACGGGCGGUCUUUCCGUCAAUGCCUCGCAGGAUCGCGCGGUUAUCGUUGUGUUGCCCAAUGACGAACGCGUCUGGCUCAGCGCUGAUGAGAUCAUAAUCGACGAGGAUAACAGGCCGAGCGUCAAUGUGACUGUGGUGCGCAAUACUUCGCACAGCAACCGCGCUGUCAUGGCCAGCUGGAAUCUGACGGGUGCGUCCGACGUCUUGGAGCGCUUCGUCGCAACCUCGGGGAUGAUUACGCUGGCACCUGACGAUUCUGAGGCCAUGAUCGAGCUGGCUGUCGUGCCCGACGCAGUUCCACAGGUCUCGGCGGUCGUGGAGCUCAAACUCUUUGCAAUCGAUCAGACUGCUUUCAUUCCUGCGCCCGAGGCCACGGCGCAAGUUGUACUCCGCAGCAGUGACCGAGCGUUAGGGUGCGUAGCUCUUACUGUCAACUCCACGAGCGCACCCGAAGGCACGACCGUGGUGGCUCGCGUCGUGCGCAGCUGUGGCUCCUUUGGCAUUAUUCAAGGGCGCGUAGCUCUGGACGGCACCGGCGAGCUCCCUGCAGAUGUAACGGCAGAUAUCGUGGCGACCAACGGUCAGAACUUUCUCCUGACAGCUGCUACUCCUGAGGUCGAGCUGGCAUUUGAGAUUGUGGCGGACGGCGCCCCCGAGUUGACUGAGUCCUUCCUCUUGUCUUUGGUCGAUUUAUCGUCCAAUCUGGACAAUGCGUACAAUGAUGCUGCCACUGUGCUGACAGCACCCAUUGCCGUGGCCAUUCCGGAAAAUGACGACGCCCGCGGCACGCUGGGCUUUGCUGUUUCCAGCUCAAGCUGGAAAGAGGAUCAAGGCUGGGUGGAACUUGCCAUCACGCGCGAGCGAGGCCUUUUUGGUACAGUCUCAGCCACCAUCAACGCUGGUACGGGCACCGUGGGCGUGGGCGAUGCUCAGCCUCUGAACGCGCUCAUGCCCACAGCGCUUGCCAGCGUACAUGCGCAGUAUGUGACAAACCCGACCGUGAUCGACGAUGUACCGUGCUACCUGGCUGCAGAUACCGCAGGUUGCAGGCUGGUGUGCGGCGAGCGCGGCACCGUCAUUCAGUCGCUUUCGACCGAAGUGAUUGGCCAGCCAGCUCUCCUGCAGACGGCCACGGCGCUUUUUGCGUUUGUGCCUCUCUACCAAGUGCAAGGAGCCCAAGGCCUGGGUCCGACCCAAUCCUUGUUGUGGACCUACAGCUCAAGUUCCGCUCGCUUUGCCAACAAACAAAGCGUCUUGACGUUUGCGCCCACCGCUGCAGUCAUGAUUGAACUGACCAGCGCAAUAGCUGUCGCUGUUGUUGCCAAUGACGUGUCUAAUGGCAAUCUGAACCAGCCCUGUGUGCAAUACAUCCCCAUCAACAUUGGCGGCGAAGCUGCUGUGACACAGGACGAGUCGGUCGUGGCGGUGGACGCACCGUCUGCGAAGAACAUUGCAGUGCAGCGCUGGGUUACCGAUGUCGGUGUGGCCGACAGCCUUGCUCUGGUAACAUGGCUGUUGACCAACGAUGGCGACCUGCUGUAUCAGCUGUUCAACGGGACGCUGGCAUCAAAUUGGACCGCAGUGCUGCAGGAUGUGACUGGAUUUGCUGCAAAUGAGGAGUAUUUGGCUGUCUGGACCUCAGCCUCACAGCCCAUGGUCUAUCGCUUGUUUGGUAGCGAGCCCGCACUGGCUCCUAUGGCUUCCCUUCAAGUGAGGUCAAACUCGGGGUCAGUGAUUGUGAGUGCGUGGACGGGUCAAACCUGGAUGCAAGGCUCUGAAGACGGCUCUGUGACGCUUCAGCGCUACGAUAAGGACGCCUAUGCCUUCGUGGAGGAUGGAACCAUGCACACUGACCUUGUUCAGCUGCAACAGAUCAACUGCCAAGACGCUGUGGGGGUGUGCGUCCUGUCCAAUGGCUCACAUGCUCAAACCUUCCGCGUCAGUGCCAUGACUCCACUGGACGCUUAUCUAUCAACUGAUGAAGCCGUCUUUGCCGAGGGGCAGAAUAAAAGUGUGGUGAUGCUUCGAAUCAUCAACGAUGCCGUUGCUGAGGGUGAGCUGCUCAUUGAUUUUGAACUGACCGCGACUUCCGGCGGGGCGUCACUUCGUAGCCCCAGCAGCAGCACCCAUCGCUUAACCGUCGCAGCCAGCGAUGCCUUCCACGGUGAGGUCUCUUUGUUAAGCUGGUCGGAUCUGACACCGGUGAUCCUGGUUCCAGAAGGCACCACCCGGGAUGUGGCUGUGGUCCGCACGGGCGAUUUCGCCAGGCCACUUGAGCUAAACUGGACGUGUGCCUCCUUGGAUGAUGAUUCAAUGUUCAGUGCAGGCACCACGUUGGUUGGUCAACCUGACAGCUUGAUUUUUGCCAACUUUUCCACCACCGCUGUUCUGCAGUUGGCACCUCCUGAGGAUGAAGUGCCGGAACUUGCACAGAGUUGCCAGCUGCGCUUGAGCACGGAUGCCAAUGGUGUUUUCGUAGACCCAGUUCAGACAACAGUUCUAGUCCGUGUACCAGCCAAUGACAGUCCCUUGGGCGGCGUGGGGUUCUUAGCGCCAUACAAUCUGACUUUAGUAGAGGGUAACUCGGUGCAGGUGCAGAUGGAGCGUAUUGCGGACGCCUUUGAGACCGUGGUCGUACACCUCGAUGUCGUGACGAGCAGUGGCGCUGACGCUAGCGCCCAGGUAUCGCUUACCUCCAACGCGAUCGUUUUCGAAACUGCUGGGACGCAAAGCAUCACCCUUACGGCGACCAACGACGCCCUACCUGAAUUGCUUAGCACAUAUGCAAUCGUUGUUCACAACAUCACCGUUUACCCUGAGCCUGAUGAGGAGCCAUAUGGACCUGACUUGAUCGUGGGAACAGAGACACUCCGCGUGUCCAUCCCAGCAAACGACGCACCCGCGGGCAAUGUCUCCGUCGAGGCGACUUUACAACAUAACGGCACGGCGCGCUUUGUGAGCGUCGACCUCGGCCGCAUGGGCGCAACUCUGGCAGACGUAGUGGCCGAUCUUCGCAUACAGUUGGACGAUGGCGAGCCACUCGACACUGCUGCCGUGACCCUGACUGCGACAUCAAACAAUGUGCAUCAAGACCUGCUUCUGCCCACCGUGCCGCUGGCAGUGGGUCAAACGAUCCAUCUUAUGGUCACCGCCACUGCCACCUUGGACGGAGCUUCACGUGUUAUUCACGAAGAAGUUGUGUCCCUACCCGUGACGACAAGCUUGGCAGGUGGUGUCAUCUCUCUUCCCUCGGUGUUGUUGCUCGACGAGAGUGGUCCGGCAGUCACGCUGCGCUUGCAGCGGGAAAACGGCACCUUUGGGCUUGUUUGUUUUGACGUGAACCUGCCCGAUCGCGAGCAAGUGACAGUGACGCCUGCUGCACUUGUAUGUCUGCAAGAUGGUGAGGCGGAAACGCAGUUGACUGUGAGCGCUGUGGAUGAUCUCACGCCAGAAGUGGAUGAGACCUUUGUGCUCACCCUGACCCCACUCGUGGCCGGCAGUAACAACACAAAUUUACCGAGCUCCAUUCGUAAUGCGUUGCAACCAAGCACAGCUGCGUACGUGUUUGCAAACAUUGCCACUCGCUGCAUUGUUGUCGCCAAUGAUGCGCCGGCCGGUCAGGUGGCCUUGACUGGAGCCAGCUUCGUAGUUAAUGAGGUGACUGCUCAGCGCUUUUUGACUCUCAAUUUGAGUCGGGCCGCAGGGCUCUUUGGACAGCUCAACGUCACGCUAAACAUCACCUUUACGGGUGCGCGUGGAAGUGGUAACCCAGUCUUCCUUGCUUCCGACCUAGGCUCGGCCGCAGAAGGCGACGGCUUUCGCGUUCAGACCAGUGUCACCAUGGUGGCUGACACCGUGUUGCAGGCGUUUGACUUGCCCAUUAGUGACGACUUGCCCACAACAACUGGCGCUGGCUUUUUUGUCAACAUUGCGACCGCUUCCCUGGCUUCGCCUGCAACCCACUUGUCCAAUUUUACGUCGGUUCAGCCAACAUGGGCCAGUGGUACGGUGGCAACGCUUGUAGAAACAGAUGCCGUGACGUUUGGUCACUACGCAUUUGCCCUCCCCACUGCGACUGUGGAGGAAGGCACUCGCCUCGACGUGGCCGUUCAGCGAUCCGUCGGCUACCUUGCGUCGGCCAUCGUGGGCUGGCGACUGGUGGGUGAUGCGGUUACUUUGGCGGCUAACUUUGAAGGCCCGACGUCUGGAACCUUGAAUUUUUCUGCAUCCGCUCAGUCGCAAGUAUUUUCGCUAUAUGCGCGCAAUGAUAGCCUACCCGAGGGACCGCAGGUGUACCAACUACAGCUGCAGAUGGUGAGUGAGGGUUAUUCGCUCGAUACGGCGGCCAUGGUCAUAACGAUUCCCGCAAAUGACGGCGCCUUGGGCCACUUUGAGCUGCUGAGGCCUGCCGCACCUUUUGCCCUAUCAGAAGGUGCCAGCCUCACGCUAACGGUCAAUCGCCUGGGUGGUGCCCUGGGCACAGCCACGGUGUUUUGGAACGUCUCCUUGCCAGAUCAGGUGACCACCAGCAGUGGUAGCCUUGUCUUUACCGAGGGUGUCAGCACAGGCAGCAUUGUCCUCGAGGUGCUUGACGAUGCAGUACCUGAGCUCAAUGCUACGCUUGCUGUGCGACUGACAGCCACUGCUGGCCAGUUCGAUGGCCAAGCCACCUUUGAUGAUUCGGUGCUGCCCGUGGUACUGUUGGCCAGCGAUGACCCCUAUGGUGUGGUGGGUGUUGAGGCAGAAGCUACGGGUAUUGCAGUCGUUGCGGGUCGGGGGCGUGCAUUAGUGGGCCGCGUCGAGCGCUCGCGUGGGACCCUGGCAGACGUGGACGUGACUCUCUCCAUCACCGGCCUUACAUCGAGUAAUGUGCUUGGUGCAACCCUCCCCACAUGUGCCACGGAGGCUCUCACUCAAAACUGUCAGAUCAGCGUUUUAUUGGACCUCGAUAGCGCUUCCACGCGCUUCCAAAUGUUUAUUGCUGAAACGGUCGCCCUCAAUUCGUCGCGAGACAUUCUCGUGCGUGUGGAAAAUGCUCAAAUAACGGGACACAGCGAGCCUGUACCUUUGAAUAGUACCCUCAAGACAUAUGCAGUGCGCCCAAGCACUGCUCACGUGAUCGGCAGCUUGGGUUUGGUGACGCCUUUGAUCACUACAGUGAGUGAACCAGAUGAUGGCACUGUGUCCGUCGAGCUGACUGUAACGCGCCCGGUUGGAACCUACACUCCCAUGGGCCGUGGCUACGUGCAAGCAGCGUGGGCACUUGUCAACGCCCCCGCGUCUGCCUCGCUCACGCCUGCCUCAGGCGUGGUGCUCUUUGCUUUUGGUGAUGCAUCUGAAAACAUCAACCUACAGCUAGCUGCGGACACGGUGCCCGAGGAAGCGGUGGCAGUAACGCUGCAGCUGCAGACCCCUGUGACGUGCUUUGUUCUGAACAACGGCGCGUGCUCUUCGGGGAAUACAAGCGCCAACCCCACGUAUGCCCUUGAUGCGACACGAAGCGCUGUGGCUUUGACGGUGGCUGAAAGUGAUGACCCCUAUGGGCGCAUCGAAUUUGCUGCCGCACGACACAUGGUGUCCGCCUACGCGCAGCUUGCAAACAUUACACUCGUACGCUCGGGGGGGUCGCUAGGCCGGGUGCGCGUGUCCGUCAGAGCACGUCAAAGUAAUCUUGAUUCGUACCCUUUGGCAAGUCAAAACCUUGUUGCAGAGUUUGCUGACGGAGUAACGACGGCUACAGUCAGCGUUGAUCUGGGCGCCACCAACGCUGCCCGGAACAGUGAUGAGCCUCUGAACUUCACAUGUGCUCUGUCGCUGGGCAGCGAUGCCUCUGCAACAGGACGCCCCCCUGUCCUCGGCAGUCGCACAACACUACAAGUUCUGGUGGUGCCUGAGGAUUAUAACGUCGCAGAGGACGAUGAUUGGGUGGCCAGCGUCAGCACAGGCGCCAGCGGCACUUCUGCAAGCGGGUCACGCUCGUGCACCAGCACGUUGCCUAGCUCAUGUCUGGGUCUGACCGGUGGUACAAGCUGGGAUGCUUAUGAGGACUGCCUGAGCACCCUUCGACGCGUGCUGCGCAUCUCUGCAGCGCCGCUUUUCUGUGAGGAGCAGCUUAACUAUUUGUAUGCUGCUAGUCGGCAUAUGCUGCAAACUACUCCGAGCAAUCGAACUGACGCCGAGCUGGCCACGGCAGUUGCACCUUUGCUCGAUGUCAUGAAUGAACAAAGAUUUGCAGCCAAUGAGCCGGCUGUUUUGUGGGACGACUUUGCGCGCCUCUUACUUGAGACAUGCGAGACGGGUGAGGUGAGUGCAGAGUGCGCGUGCUGCUGCGAGCGCACAGCAAGCUCCACCAGCUUUUGGCUGCGCGCAUCAAGAACCAGAGCCUCUAGUCUGUACAACGUCGAACUUUCGUCUGAUGACUUGAGCUUGACGUACCCGCCGAUGCUGCCGAAUGUGUUGGCGAGCAACAAUGGUGAUGCCUGUGAAACGCUCUUGACUGGCACUUUAACGGCCCCACGAAGCUUCCCAGCCCCGCAGUACUCUCGCAUUCUCAACGACAACGUCAUUGAAGCUGGAGUCAUGGACCGGAGCAUCACGGACUUGGAAGAGGACAACCAAUUUGAGUUUACCAUCACCAAUGCCCAAGACGUCUUGCACCCUCGCUGCGUGUAUUGGAGUGAUUCCGCUUCAGGCUGGCUGGAUCAAGGAUGCGCCGUUCUACUUGACACUGAUAGUGUCACGUGCCGAUGCAACCACUUUUCCACCUUUGCGGUUUUGGAGGAUACCUCGUCCAUUAUUCCGGUCUACCUCCUGAUUGCCCUUGGCAUCACGGCUUUUGCAAGUGUAGUGGAGCUGGUGCGAAGUGCUCGCCAAUCCGGCGAGGGUGAGGUAUUGCUCAACCUCAUGCAGGUCACGACGAUUGUGGCUUGCGUAUUGACACUCGUGAAUGGCGCCGUUUCUCCCGUUGAACGGGAUGCAAGCGAUGGCAUGACGGUCCUGGCACUGUUCACCCACUUUGGCUUGUUAGCUUACUUGUGCACCGCCAUGACUGCCGUUUUCGUUCACCACCGCCAAUGGCGCACCAAGGGUGCCCUCAUGCCAAAAAUGACGCGACGCCUGUCUAUCGUUCUGGCGCUGCUCGUACCUGCCUUCUUGGUUGCCGCUGUGGUGGUCCUCUCUUUUGCUGUAGACCUGGGAGUGGGUGAAGCCUAUGGCAUUAUGGCUGACGGGCGGCGCUUUUCUUUCUGUCUGCUGUUAUGGCCCCUUGUGGCAACGUGUAUCCUGCCUUGGGCCUGUGCUGUUGUGUUAUGGGGUCUGGUCGUAGCUCUCAACCGAGACUCUACGACAGUGAUUAUCACUGCUCAUGCGCCUCGCCUGUCUCCCAGCGAAGAUGGGGAGGAUGCAGUUUCGGAGAAGAAAGAUUCGCAGCAGCUGGACCAAGAGCGUUCUCAGUUGCGUCAGCGCGCCAUUGCGUGGGUGUCCACGGGGCUGGUUGCAGUGGCUCUCGUUGCCAGUGCCAUCUACGUCCACACCACGGCUCUCUACAUUCUGAGCACCAUCGCACUUUUGGCAUGGGCCUUGCUCCUGAUCAUCUUCCCACAUUGGCAAGAACGUUCGGCUGGCCGUUCCGUGGCCAUUGCCGUACAGGAUUCCGUCGAGUUGGGCGCGUUUAGCAAGCAGCACAACGGCACGGCCCUAUAUGACCUGGCUGAAGCUGAUGAUGCAGUAUCUGUAGAUGUGACGCAGCAGUCGGAACUCCCCUCGGCCAUUUUACGCCCCAGCAACAUGUCCAUGGACUAUGAGCCCAUGGAAUCCUUCAAUGGGGGCCUUACGAUUCGCAGUCUGGAUGAGGGUGAGGAUGUCGAAUUUAACCACUUGAUGGCUGCUCUGUAUGGCACGAGCCAAACCGAUGAUGACGCCCAGGUCAAUACAACCACAGACACCAUCGAUCUCCGUCGCAUGUCAAUUGCUGACACUGCCCUGUAG